AUGUCGUCAAGCUCUGACGAGGGUGAGAUUCGGGACGAUGGACAUGGGGCUUUGAAGGCAUCUCACCAGACCUCUCAAACAGGAAAUGGAGUUGACCGUCAAGGCAGACCGAGAGACCCGUCACCCAGCCACGACUAUGCCUCCCGUGCCGGCGCUGCCGCGCACAGGCCUAGCCGCUCUCCCCGUGGCUUCAAAAGGUCUCGUGAAGACGGCGAUUACUAUGUCGGCGGACAUGAUCGCCACGACACGAGGCAACCUCGUUCUCGUCGCGACGACCGCCAACGAAACGGCUAUCAUGGGCGAGACCGCGAUCCGAGGUCCUACAGCCACUACGACGAGGCACCUCGCGACGAAUAUCGACGAUCCCGCGUGUCGUACGAGGAUCUGGACCGCCCAUUAGCUCAUGGAUCGAGCUACGUUCCCAACGAAGGGGAUCACUAUCGCAACCGAGGUCGAGACCGUGGCCGAGCGAACGACCGUGGUCGACACCCGUAUUACGAUGGCGACCUGGAACGCCGAAGCCGUUCUCCAGACAAGCCCCGACGCGACAGCCGAACGAGCGGCGCGGCAGUACGGGAUGGGUAUGGAAGCAGACGAUCGCGGCAUGACGAGAACAGGGGUGCCGGCAAGGGUAGUUGUGUCGUUCCAAAGGAGCCUCCUCGUUCAGAGAAGAAGGAGGAUGUCUCUGUCAAGGAGCCGCACAAGGAGCCGUCCCCCGAAGUGGACUACGAAGAAGCACCGCAGGUUGACGAGGACGCCGAAAUUGAGCGCCGUCGAAAACGGCGUGAGGAGCUCCUGGCAAAGUCCAGCUCCGCGACACCGCUUCUCGUCCACGCCGUUAGCGCUGCCGCCGAGAAAGCUCGCGCCACUUCUCCUCGAUCGAUACAGCCUGAGCUUGCCGCGGCUUCCAUCGAAGCUCGCACUCCCAAGACAUCGGGCUCCGGGUGGCAAUCGCCGCGUUCGCCCGUAUCGCGCGAUGGAGCUUCACCCAAUCUUCUUGAUGACAAAUUGCUCAUGAACACACACGGCGUCACCGACACCACAGAGCAGGAUGGUCCCUCUGCGGCAGAUUAUGAUCCCACCAUCGACAUGCAAGAGGACGAACGUCGAGAUGAGAUGAGACAUGGCCAAGCAGUCGUCCACGGGGAGGCUCAACCCGCCGAGGGCCAGGUCGAGGAGGCUCAGGGGAGUCCCGGAGAGGCGUGCGAUGAGGAGGAUGAAUUCGACAUGUUUGCCGAGGACUUUGACGAGGACAAGUACGCCGCUCACCAAGCAAAUGCCCAGGCACAGGGCCAGGGCCAGGGAGGAAUCCUCGAAGGUGAUGAUGCCGACGGCUUUUACAAGAUCCGCGUCGGCGAGCUUCUCAACGAGCGCUACAAAGUCCAGUCGGUCCUCGGUCAGGGCAUGUUUGCGCGUGUAUCCCGGGCCGAGGACACGAGGAACAAGGCGAUCGUUGCCAUCAAGAUCAUCCGCAAUAACGCCGCCCUCCGCAAGGCGGCCCAGACGGAGGUGGCGAUUCUGAAGAAGCUCAACGACAGCGACAGCUCGCGCAAGAAGCACAUUGUCAUGUUUGAGCAUACUUUCGACCACCUCGGCCAUUACUGCAUGGUUUUCGAAGGCCUCGAGAUGAACUUGCGUGAGGUGUUGAGGAAGUUUGGCAAGAACGUGGGCAUCAGCCUGGAAGCGACGCGCCGGUUCGCGAGGCAGAUCUUUGUGGCCCUGGACCACAUGCGCAAGAACAGCAUCAUCCAUGCCGACCUCAAGCCGGACAACAUCUUGAUUCACAAGAGCAAGCAGGAGGUCAAGAUUUGCGAUUUGGGGACGGCAAUCGACCGAGACGACGCAGCCACGGCUCACUCCCAGAUUACGCCCUACCUCAUCAGCCGCUUCUACCGAGCGCCCGAAGUGAUCCUCGGGAUGGACUACGACUAUGCGAUCGACGUUUGGUCCAUCGGCUGCACGCUCUUCGAGCUGUUCACCGGCAAGAUAUUGUUCCCGGGCGAGAACAACAACCAGAUGCUCCGGCUCAUGAUGGAGCUGCGCGGAAGGAUGCACGCCAAGUACUACAAGCGCGGAAAGCUGUGGCCCCAGCAUUUUGACGAGAGAGAUAACUUUGUGAGCGUCACGCGCGACACCAUCACCAACAAGGACGUGAUGAAGACGAUGGUGAUCAAGCCGACGCGCAACUUGGGUCUCCUCCUCGAGAAGGCGGCGGUGAACAUGACGCUCGAAGACAAGCAGGAGGUGGACCGGCUCCGCGACUUGCUGGAGAGCUGCCUCGUGGUACACCCCGAGAGGCGGAUUACGCCCGCUGAGGCAUUGAAACAUGGGUUUUUCCACAGCUCCCACAAGACGAGCUCGCAGCAACCACGCUAG